GGGCUUAAGUGUGAGGGGGUGGUGCGUAGCGCUGGCGCCAGCAGAGGUCCGGACACACUAGCAGCUGACGCAGGCCGCUUGGAACCUGGCGAGCACCAUGAGCAACAAAUGCGACGUGAUCGUGGUGGGGGGCGGCAUUUCAGGUAUGGCAGCAGCCAAACUUCUGCAUGACUCUGGCCUCAGUGUGAUGGUUCUGGAAGCACGGGACCGUGUGGGAGGCAGGACUUACACAAUUAGGAAUAAAAAUGUUAAAUAUGUGGACCUCGGAGGAUCGUAUGUUGGGCCAACACAGAAUCGUAUCUUACGAUUGGCCAAAGAGCUAGGAUUGGAGACCUAUAAAGUGAAUGAAGUUGAGUGGCUGGUCCACUAUGUAAAGGGAAAAUCAUACCCCUUCAGAGGCCCAUUCCCAUCAGUAUGGAAUCCAGUUGCCUACCUAGAUAAUAACAACUUUUGGAGGACAAUGGAUGAGAUGGGUCAAGAGAUUCCCAGUGAUGCUCCAUGGAAGGCACCUCUUGCAGAAGAGUGGGACCACAUGACAAUGAAAGAAUUGAUAGAUAAGAUCUGCUGGACCAAAUCUAUAAAGGAGCUUGGCACUCUCUUCGUGAAUCUAUGUGUAACUGCAGAGACCCAUGAGGUCUCUGCUCUGUGGUUCCUGUGGUAUGUGAAGCAGUGUGGAGGUACAACAAGAAUCAUCUCAACAACCAAUGGAGGGCAGGAGAGGAAAUUUAUUGGUGGGUCUGGUCAAGUGAGUGAGCGGAUAAUGGAUAUCCUCGGAGACCGAGUGAAACUUGAGAAGCCUGUGAUCCACAUUGACCAGACAGGGGAAAAUGUUGUUGUGGAAACCUUAAACCAUGAAAUAUAUGAGGCUAAAUAUGUGAUUAGUGCCAUUCCACCCAUUUUGGGCAUGAAGAUUCACUAUAAUCCUCCUCUACCAAUGCUAAGAAACCAACUGAUCACACGUGUGCCUUUGGGUUCAGUCAUUAAGUGCAUGGUUUAUUAUAAAGAGCCCUUCUGGAGGAAAAAGGAUUUCUGUGGAACCAUGGUUAUUGAAGGGGAAGAAGCUCCAGUUGCAUAUACAUUGGAUGAUACCAAACCGGAUGGGAGCUAUGCUGCUAUAAUGGGAUUUAUCCUUGCUCAUAAAGCUAGAAAACUGGCACGCCUUACUAAAGAAGAAAGAAUGAAGAAACUUUGUGAGCUAUAUGCAAAAGUUCUGGACUCCCAAGAAGCUCUUCAGCCAGUCCAUUAUGAAGAGAAGAACUGGUGUGAGGAGCAGUACUCUGGGGGCUGUUAUACAACCUACUUCCCUCCUGGCAUCUUGACCCAGUAUGGAAGGGUUCUACGUCAGCCAGUGGGCAAGAUUUUCUUUGCAGGAACUGAGACUGCCACACAUUGGAGUGGCUACAUGGAAGGGGCUGUGGAGGCUGGAGAGAGAGCUGCCAGAGAGAUUCUGCAUGCUAUUGGUAAGAUUCCAGAAGAUGAAAUUUGGCAGCCAGAACCAGAGUCUUUGGAUGUUCCUGCACGACCCACUACCAGCACCUUCCUAGAGAGACACUUGCCUUCUGUUCCAGGCCUGCUAAAGCUGCUUGGAUUGACCACCAUCUUUUCAGCAGCAGCACUUGGUUUCCUGGCCCACAAAAGGGGCCUGCUUGUACGGUUCUAAAGAUGGGACUUCCACAUCCACAGGUUUCUUAUCCUAUGUGGCACAAAGGCUUUGGGAAGGAGUUAUGAAAUAAUCUGACAAAGACAAAGAGAAUAUGUAGUGAGAAAACACAGUAACUUGUUCUCCAUUUUGGCUGUUUGUCAGCAUCUCUCACUGUGUUCCAUCAAUUUCCAACUUCCCUGCGCUCUGAAUUUUUACAUCAGGUACACAGGCUUGUUCCUUGGUCUCUCACAACUAUGUCCUCACCUAUUUAACUUCUUUGCCAUUGUCCUUAGAAUCCUGUCUUGUUAUAACUGGAGAGCAUUAGCUGCCAUCUGGAGGUCACCUUCUAAUUUAUAUUUAAGUAAAUCAAAUGCAACGAAAGUAAAACUUAAUCACACAUGGCCUACAAUAAGCUACUGGUAUUUGAGUGACUGGAACAUAGGUUGAUGCUUUUCCCACCUCCCAAGAUGUAUUCCCCAAUUAUCCUCCUCCACCUUAUGCCAUAGUCACUGAUGGAUGAUUGUUCCUAUGUUGAUUUAUCCUCCAUUACUAAAACUGGUAUUGUGUUACUCAGUAAAUAUCUUUUAGUCUUGCUAUUUUGUGCAGUGUUGCCAGCUGAUUUUAAUUUUUCUUGAGGGUUGGAAUCUUUGUUGUUCCUUUGUAUCUUCCAGUAUACAUCUAUUCACAGAUUAAGACACACAGGUAAUUAAAAAUAAAGCUACUUGACCAUA